CCUUACCUGGCUUCUGUACAAAUCGUGAAAAAAAAAAAAAAAUUAAUUAUUUAUAAUGUUAUCAAACAUGAGUGAGUUCGGAACCAAACGUGUAUCAGAGUCGGAAAACCUUUUUUCUAAAAAAUAUAAAGUUACAAGUGAAAUGUCAACACUUUCCAUUGACGAAAACAAUAACAAGAUGAAUAAAAAUAUAACAAUUGACUUUGUCAAUGAUGAUUGUCUAGCUGAAAUAUUCACGUAUGUGCCAGCAUGUGAAAGACCUAAAAUUGCAUUGGUAUGUCAAAAAUGGAAAAAGGCCCUUGAGUAUUCCUGGAGUAAUGUCAAAAAACUUCAACUAACUCACUGGGAGUAUGAGGAGUAUUCAAAUUGUUUGAAGAAAUAUCCAACACCCGAUGGACAAUUGAGCUUUUUAAAAUCAUUGCUUUACAAAUGUGGUCGUUUUUUAACACAAUUAGACUUGACAGCGUAUGGUUAUAGUAACAUAGUGCCAGUUAUUAAUGAAUAUUGUCCAAACCUCGAGAAACUUCGAUUAAGAUUUAUCUAUGAUGACGAUGAAAUAAUACAUCAUAAAGCAUUUUCACGUCUAUCUAAGCUCAAAGUAUUAUCAAUCAUAUUUCAACAUAUGAGAUACGAGGGAUACCAGUUCAUGGUUCAUUAUAUAAUCCUUGCAUUAUUUCCCCUUGCUAAUACAUUGACUGAUCUGAUUCUGUUCGAUUGGCAAGAUGACGUAUCUCGUGAACGUAGUGUAUCCUGUAAAUUUCCGGGGACUACCCCCUUUGUGUUUUAUUUUCUAAAAGCUCUGAAAAGAUUUGAAUUUGGUGGUAUUCAAAUGUUCCCACAGUUGGAAGAGUAUCUGAGAAACAAUCGCAUACUAGAAUGUUCUUACUACGAUCGUUCCUUAAACGAAAAUGUCAUUAAGCCAAAUGAGAUAAUGAGUAUUACUAAAUUGGAUUUGUUGAGAUACAAAGUUUCAGAUGAUACUUUGUAUACUAUUGCCAAUACCAUGAAGCAAUUAACAAGGCUCAAGAUAAAAUGCGAAUGGAUAACUAACGAUGGUAUAGUAGCCAUUUCAAGGAUGAAUAAUUUGAAAGAUCUUAAACUUUUGGGCAGAAAUUCUAGCAUUGAUUCUUCAUCAAUCAUAUUGCUUAAAAAUUUGAUCAACUUAAUGUUACCAUGCAGUAGUAAAAUUACUGAUGAUUUAGCCAUGAAAGUUAUCGAAAAUUCACCAAAGAUAAAGAUGCUUUUUGUUGCAGGCACAAGUGUGACUGUUGAAUUUAUAAAAAAAGCAGCAGAAAUAUCAAGAAAUCGAAAACAACUCUUGCGUACAGCUGUUUCUUUUACAACUGAUAAGAAACAAUAUGAAUCGCAAUAUUUACAAAUUUUUUUUUGUGCAAUACGAAAUAUUAAAUAAUUUUGGUGAUAAGGAUAACUGACUACUAAUAUUAUAC